GAAUGGAGGAUUUGCCACGUUGCCGUCGUUGCUCUGGACAACGGAUUUAAAAGGCUCUGACGCGCCGUGAGGAUGUAGUGGCGGCGGGAGCAGCAGACCACACACUCUCGUCUGUCAGGUAUCCGUCAGGUGCAGCUCUGGUGCGCCCCGCCGCCUCCAGCAUGUUGACCGACAGGAUUUUGGAGCAGGAGUUUGAGAAGAAUGCGGAGUCCUGGUACACCACGCAGGAGCUGGAGCACGAUCUGCAUCUGGCAGCGGAGCUGGGGAAAACCCUCCUGGACAGGAACCAUGACCUGGAGCAGGCCCUGCAGCAGAUGUACUCCACUAACCAGGAGCAGCUGCUGGAGAUAGAGUAUAUGACCAAACAGGUGGAAAUGCUGCGUCAGAUGAACGACCAGCAUGCCAAGGUGUAUGAGCAGCUGGACAUAGCUGCCAGGGAUCUGGAGGAAAGCAACGACAGGCUUGUUCAGGACAACCGCGUGGCCCAACAGAGGAUUCAUAGCCUAACUGACAUUAUUGCAGACCUUCAGACCCACAUGGAAGACCUGCAGAGUCAAGUGGAGGAGCUGAAAACUGUCCAAGCAGAGCGAAAGAAGAGGGAGAUGGCAGAGCAGCGACGCAGCCUCGGAGCACAGAGUGUCUCCUGUCUGAAAGAGCUGUAUGACUUACAGCACGACAGGUAUUUGGCUCUCAUUGAUGGAAUCUGGUCGGCUCAGAACUCCUUAUAUGAUGGGGACGUACGCCAAAACCCAGAAGAUGAAAACCAAGCUCUUCAGAACUCCAUCCAGAGUCUUCAGAAACAGAUAAAUGCGGAGCGGAACCGCAGAGAGGCGGCGGAGCAGGAGAUUGAGUUGACGAACAAGGAGAACAGAAAUUUGGAGCAUCGGCUGGCCCUGCUGGAGGGCUGUCGGGCCAGGCAGAAGGAGCUGGAGGAGGAAGUGGAGCAGCUGCGGCUUCUGUGGCGUGCUGACGUCGCCAACAGUGCUAGAAGAACUGACCACCUGCUGGUGCCCGAGUCAAUAUUCUUCGCCUCAGAAGAAAAGCAGGAUGCGGGACAGAGUGAGACAGAAGAGAAGACAGAAAAGGUUGAAGAGCCUACCAGACACAAUCGACAGAGGCGUCACAGUGACAGCGUUUUAAGAGCAGCGAACGCGGAUGACAUUCGUCGUGGCCACGAGGAGCUGUGUAUCAGGCGGGCUGAGGCCGUGAAACGGAGAGGCAUCUCUUUACUCAAUGAAGUGGAUGCGCAGUACAGUGCUCUGCAGGUGAAAUAUGAUGAGUUACUGCAGCGAUGCCAGCAGACCCCCGACGAGCUCACCCACAAGGCCGUCCAGACAGCCGGCACUUCAUCUGCGAGCAUCCGGGCGCGCCGCCGCCGCUCCAGUUUAGCCGCUUUAUCUGAUCUAGCAGUCGUUGCCGAAGACGGUCUGCAGCCAGAGUACAAGGUUCUCUUCAAGGAGAUCUUCACCUGCAUCCAGAAGACCAAAGACGACCUGAGCGAGAACAGGUUUCCAGUCGGUAUUCAGCCAAAUGAAGACUCACCUUCUUAAGACUCAUUCUCAUGUCUGCCUGCGAGAGCACUGAGGUUGCUGUGCUGUGUCAACGAUGCACACGCUGCUAUGUCCAUUACAUCUUAGAUAGCAGCCAACGCUUGUUCAUUUUAUCCCGUCCUUAUGGAAAUGUAUUGUAGCAUUUAUGUUCAUGUAAUGUUAUGUUAAAAAUGUUUGUAUAAAAAUGGAUCCCAGGAAAUUAUAGAGGAAAAAGAGGUAAUGUACUGUAAGAUUUAUAAAGUUUUCCUCUGCGAAUCAGAAGCACAUUUUGCAAUUUGACCUCAUAAGCCACCAGCAUUAUGUCCACAAACAGUGUUUAUGUAAUCUUACUCCUGUGAGCACUUGAUUGUUUGGUGUUUAAAGGACAAAGCCACAUGGAAUUGCACACUUGUGGAGUUUAAAUAUGAACUGUAAGAAAAAAAAAUGUUGCAAUAGACUGUAAAUCUGUAGAAAUACAAUCAUACGUUUGUAAGAAUUAGUUGAUGUGAGUUGGUUUGUCUCAUUUAAAAACGUAGACGAGUUGAGGGUCACUGGCCUAUUACAAGUGGACACUGGAAGAUUGUUAAUUUUUGUUUUUAUGCAUCCGACAAGUGUGCACAGCAACAGAGCACAUGCAAGCUCAGCACUUUUUAUGAUGUAUCACAGUUUUGUUCAAUUUAUUUAUUUAUUAACAGGAGUUUAGAAAAGAUUUAUGAUUAUUUAUCGUCUUUGUGGACUGAUUUCCAGAGCAGAUUUUCCAGUUGACAAUAAGUGAAAUUAAAAGUAACUGGAGAGCUUCUUGUGUGGAUGUAGAAACUGUCUAUUGAUUCAGGAGAACAUCUUAUGGAAAUUCUGUUACAGGUAAAAGAAAAAUAAGAAUUCAGGACCUCAAUUGUUGUUUGAAAUGAAAAUAGUGCUUUAUGUAUUAUAUUUUUUACUUGCACUCUCAAUGUAAUGUGGUGCUUGCAAGAAAGAAUUAUAUGGAUGUUACAAAAUUGAGUUUAGGCAGGGCAUUUAGGGGUGUGCUGUUUUGAAGCCUCCAUGGAGACUGGACAUGGUUCUCUGGCAAAUAAAGAAUAAAGGCAAUAAUUUUUGCAGUUUAA